UAGGCCAUAACAACCACCCAACAAGGCGCUGGCUACUAUGGGGAAAUACCGAACCGAACCGCAUAAAAAAACGGUUAAUGGUUAGUUUUUUAGUCGAGAUUAGUGUUGGAAAUCCACCGGAAAGUGGAUGCAAGUGGAAAUUACUGCAUAUUGGGGCUUAAAUGUGGACGUUGACGUCGAGCCGUGCGUAAUGAGCAGAGUUGGAAAAAGAAGGUGUUGAGCUGCAUUUUUUUUCUCUCUGCCAGGGACAACUUGGGUCGGAGUGCUGCCUAAACUAAGAGGUGAUACGAAGAAAAAUAAUGCCUGCGACGCUCUCUACUCUCUGGUUGUUGCUGUUUUCUAGCUGGUUCUGGUUCCUGCAGUUUCCUGUAGCUCUCCCAGCAGAGCCUGUAAUCAGUCGAAUGGCCUGAUUCAAUACUGAUUGACCUGAUUGGCAAAAACACUGCAGAGGCAUGGCAGACUGGGCCCGGGGCUCUGAGGACGCUUCAGAGGAUCCGUGCCUGACCCACGACUGAGCAUUGAGAGGAAUACGUCGUCUGAGCAGAAUGACUCAGCAAGAGGGGGGACCCCCAAAUAGCAAGUGAAGAGAAGUGAGGAUGGGUGCCAAUGGAUCCAGCUAUCCACACUCAUGCUCCCCACGCAUAGGGGCAAAUGCACAGGCACAGCAGACUUUCAUAGGGACCUCCUCCUACUCUCAUCAGGGAUAUGGCUGGGAGUCUAAACUAUACAGUCUGGAGCACGGCCAUGAGCGGCCCACAGACAGGAAGAAGAAGAGCCUUGGUCUGGCGACCCUCAAGCGGCGGUUCAUCAAACGGAGGAAGUCCAGCCGCUCAGCAGAUCAUGCGCGGCAGAUGCGAGAGCUUUUGUCAGGGUGGGACGUCCGUGACACAAAUGCUCUGGUGGAGGAAUAUGAGGGCACAGCAGCCCUCAAGGAGCUGAGCUUCCAGGCCAGCCUGGCACGUCCCGAGGCACCCAGCUUGCAGCGAGACCUGGCUGCCCUUUACCAGCAUAAGUACUGCACUGAUGUAGACCUCAUCUUCCAAGGUACUUGCUUCCCAGCCCACCGGGCCGUCCUGGCUGCCCGCUGCCCCUUUUUCAAGACUCUGCUGUCCUCAUCCCCUGGCUAUGGAGCAGAGGUUCUCAUGGACAUUGAGACAGCUGGCAUUGAUGUGCCCAUGUUCUCUGCCCUACUUCACUACUUGUACACAGGGGAGUUUGGGGUAGGUGGAGCGGAGGACACCAGGCUGCAGAACGUGGAUGUACUGGUGCAGCUCAGCGAGGAGUUCGGUACACCCAACUCCCUGGAGGCAGACAUGAAGGGCUUGUUUGACUACAUGUGUUACUACGACGCUCUGCUUAGCUUCUCCUCAGACUCUGAGAUGAUAGAGAGCUGUAAUGAAAGAGGGGCUGUGGCUGGAGCAGCAACUGGUGUCUCAGGAGGUAGCGGGUGCCCGGGAACCCCAGAUGAAGACCUGAGGGCUCAUAAGGCUGUCCUCUCGGCACGUUCACCUUUCUUUAGGAACCUUUUGCAGAGGCGCAUCCGCACAGGAGAGGAAAUGACAGAGCGCACGCUGCAGACUCCUACACGCAUAGUGCUGGAUGAGUCCAUCAUCCCACGGAAAUACGUGCAGGUUAUUCUCCACUGCAUGUACACAGAUGGGGUUGAGCUCGGGCUGGUGCUGCGGGGUAGCCCCUCAGCGGGCAGCCUCGGAGAGGUGCAGGCCCUGGUUUCCGGGGGCCGGGGAGCCAGCACACGCACGGAAGAGGCCAUGGAGCUGUACCAUAUUGCGCUGUUCUUGGAGUUCAGUAUGCUGGCUCAAGGCUGUGAGGACAUAGUUGUGGAAAGCCUGUCUCUGGACUCACUCGUCCCCAUCCUGAAGUGGAGUUCCCAGCCAUACGGCUCCAAGUGGGUCCACAGGCAGGCCAUGCACUUCCUCUGCGAGGAGUUCAGUCAGGUUGUCACUUCAGAUGUUCUCUACGAGCUCAGCAAGGAGCACCUUCUCAGCGCCAUCCAGUCCGACUACUUACAGGCAAGCGAACAGGACAUUCUCAAGUAUGUUGUUAAGUGGGGCGAGCAGCAGCUUAUUAAGAGGAUGGCAGACAGGGAACCCAACCUGUUGAGCGGCACAGCCCACAGCGUAAAUAAGAGGGGAGUGAAAAGGAGAGACCUAGAUGUGGAGGAGCUAAAAGAGAUCCUGUCUCCCCUCUUGCCCUUCAUUCGAACUGAGCACAUCUUGCCUCCACACAGCGACGUCCUCACCGAUGCGCUUAAAAGGGGUUUGAUAAGCACCCCUCCUUCAGACAUGCUGCCCACAGCUGAAGGGGGAAAGGCCAAUGCCUGGUUGAGGCAGAAGAACGCCGGCAUCUAUGUGCGCCCUCGCCUCUUCUCUCCUUACGUGGAGGAGGCUAAGUCUGUACUUGAUGAAAUGAUGGUGGAGCAGACAGACCUGGUGCGCUUGCGGCUAGUGCGCAUGUCCAACGUCCCAGACACACUCUACAUGGUCAACAACGCUGUACCGCAGUGCUGUCACAUGAUUAACCACCAGCAAAUGUCAGUUAAUUCAGCCACGGCUCCAUCGGUUGUGGCCAAUGAAAUUCCAGUGCCUCAGCUGUCAGUGGUGAAGGAGAUGAUCCGGAGGCUGCAGGAACUGAGACACACAGAGCAGGUCCAGAGAGCAUACGCCCUCAACUGUGGGGAGGGAGCCACCGUCAGCUAUGAGCUGCAGCUGCGGGUGCUCCGGGAAUUUGGUCUGGCAGAUGGAGCCACUGAGCUACUGCAGAAUCCAUACAAAUUCUUCCCCGAUGAACGGUUUGGAGAUGAGAGUCCAAUUCUGGCUCUGCGGCAGGUGGGUCGAUGUCGGGUAAACAGCAGCCCAGCCAUGGACAGCAUGUUCACAGAGCUCGAAGGGGUAGCAGGCUUCCACCCUCCUCUACCUCCUCCGCCUCCCCCGUACCACCCCCCUGCCACACCCAGCCAUGCCCAGCUCAAGGGUGCCUGGCGACCCCGUGUUCCUAUGCCGACCCCAACCCGUUCCUUCUCCUACCCUUGCAACCGCACCCUGAUCCAGCGCCAUGCGGCCGCCAAGCAUGGCAGCUCGGACUACUCCUCUGCGCCCAGGCCCCAGCCCCCAGACUGCACCAACUCGCAGGCUAUGGGCCGAGCUUUGCUUUCAGACCAGCAAGCGAUGAGCAUGGAGCCGGUUAUGAGGGAGUUCAUGCCUGACAUCGCGCUGGGUGUCUCAGUUAUGUCCCUGAGGGAGCAGCACAUGGCAGAGAUGGACAGGGAAGGCCCUCACAGCCCUAUGGGCCCCUCAGGCCACCAUCUGCCCCAUGGGCCCUGCCCUUCUGUCCGACUCAGCCACAGCCAUGGUCCUGGACAUGGCCAUUCCUGCAAGAGACACGCUCCUGAACCCAAGCUGGAGGCUCAAGCCGAGUUCCCUGACCUGUACGACUUUUCCUGCCGACCUGCAACUCCGACCUCCAAUCACCCUCUGCCCUCCUUUGCAGGACCAGACCUCUACAGCCACAGCUGCACCCCCUCCAGCCCCUAUCCACCCCCCUACAUUUCUGACUCUCAGCCCCAGGGCCACCCGCAGGGACGGACUGCCUCAGACCCACUACGGUUGGAUGUCCUCAGUAUGACCUCUCAGAGGCAUGAUGGAGUUCUUGCCAGCCCCUCUGGAGCCCAGCCUAGGAUGGGACAUAUCCCAAGGGGGCGAUCAAAUGAAACAGACCUGACUCAUGGCUUAGGUCAUUUGCGGUCCCCCAGUGGAAACAUGGACAGCUAUGAGGAGAGGCACACAGGGCCUAGAGAUGCCCCGGAGGAGAUGGUUCUUGCUGGAGAAUCAUCAGGUCCGGGGUCCCUUCAACAGCCUCACAGGAACAGUGUCAGCGAGGAGAUCACCAGAGACCGCAGGUCACCCAGCAAGCCUGACUACCCUUACAAGAAAUCUGCACUUUAACCCCACCUGAGGAUCAGGGGUUGAGUUAAGAAAAGGGAACAAGUGACGAGUGGCUGUCCAUCAUAAUGGCUGGCAAAGCACUAAAUGUGUGCCUGUGUGUAUGUGUGCGUGUUAAAAGAGGAGCAGAGGAAAGGGGUGGUCAGUGGUUGCUAUUUAUAGGAUCUGUCCUUUUGUCCUACCUCUAUCACACUGUGCUAUCCAUCACACAGUCACAGUAUGGAAAGAAUAAGAGCUGUAGGUUAACUGUCAAUGCUCGUAAUUGAUCUGUUGAAGCCUGCGUGGUCCUGCUGGUGUAGAGGAUGACUCGGGCUCCACUGGGAUGGAUUGUAUUUUUGACUGUGGUUGUAAAUGAAGAGGUUAGCUCCUGCAGGUCACAACACUCAAUGUAGCUCAGUCGAGAACUGACGAUUUAACAAAGACUAUAUUCAUGUUGUCUGUUGAUGAUUUCCACCAUAGAACGAGGAGCUGGCAGGAUAGGAAUGUUAAUUUACACAAGCAAACGGCGAGCACACAGUCUGAGUAUUGUGAUAAAAUCAAAUGUAAAUAUUGUCUGGCUGUAUUCUUGUCUACCAUGACUUUUAUUUCCAUUUCUUCCUGUAACAUGCUUAUAGCAACCCACCUUGACUAGUUCCCCCUCCCGGCACUGGUGCUGCAGCACUGAUGAGUAAUGGGCCAAGGCGUGGUCACACAAAGCAGGAAUUGGAUCUGACAGGAAGUAGGUCACCAGAGCUCGUCAUUCUCUGGUAACCCAGUCAGAUAAUUGUGUCAGGUUUUAACUAUCACAACCUCUGAGUGUCUUAGCUUAGAGGCCAGGCAUUUUUCAGAGAGGAGGGGUGUGGCGGGCGGGGGGGUUCAUUACUGAGAUACAAUGGAGAAUAUAGGGGUGCCAUGGCAACUGACGCACAGUGAUCAAAUGGAGUGCUGGGGGUUUGUUGGUUUUGCAGCUGAGCAGGGGUGUGUUUGUGUGCAUGUGUGUCUGUGUGCGAGGAUAAGUUUGAUACAAGUUAGACAAUCUCAGUACUGUACUCUCCCAUCCUUAGUCAGGUCUGUUUGUACAUAUCAGAGAAUCUGGGAAGAGUCUUUGGCACAGGGUGCAGCGGUCGGCGUGCUAAAGCUCCUUCUUGUUUUGUUUAAUCCAAUAGCAUCAAGUAAUCAAAUCUAAAGCCUUAAUCAGUGCUUGGAAUAUUCAGUUUUAGCUACCUUUUAUUCAAUUAAGUAUGAUGUCAUUAUAUUGCAACCCCUGUUAAUUGCUCUUUUCACUAUGGACACAUACACUGCAGUUUUGCAGGUGGUAGAACUGCUAAACCAUGUGUGUGUAUAUAUGUAUAUAUAUAUAUAUAUAUAUACACACACACACACACAUCAGGCCUCCAUCUAGCCACCUCACGGGAGAUUGUGGGACCUGCAAAGUCAGUGUUGAUACUGUUUAAAUAUACUGUUAAAGAGCCGCAGCAGCUGUAGCUCCAGAACCCUGCGAGUACACGCGCAAAAGCCUGUUACCGCCAACAGCUGGCGUACAACCUCACAAUACGAGUAUCAUUGCACUGUAGGAGCCACCUGUUUAUUAGUUGAAGGGAAAAGGAACAAAUUAAUUUUUGAACAAAAGGAAAUCUUGUGUUGAAGAAAAGUUGGCGAUUGCUGGCUCAUAUCUCCAAUGGAAAUUGUAUAUAAUGAAUUGAGUUCCACGUGUUCUGAUGAAUUUUUAAAUGGUUUCUAUCACAUUUUAGUGGUCGUUGAAGGUUUGUGUUUUUACUGUAGUGGACAACACUGUGUACUUGUCUUUGUCAUGAAAUCUCACUACGAAUGUGUGGUAUAAAACAUAAAGAUUGUGUCUCAGAAUCUAUUUUGUUCUUAAAUGUUUAAAUGCAUUUAGGGCAUUUUGUUCAAUAUUGUAGGUGGUGUGGAUUACCAUGUUUGUAGAGAUGUUCUUUUUUUUUUUUUUUUUUUUUCAAUUUUCCCUUACUUUAAAAGUAACAGGAAUAUGUAGAGGAUCUGAAGAUAUUAGCUCUCUAGUUAAUGAAGUUGCCAAGCAGAAAAAUCAUUUUUCCAUCUAGCUUGCUUCAUGGGGAAAAAAUGCAAAACUCCAGAUUCCUCCCCAUGUUCAUGUUGGGUAGUUGUUUAAUUUUCCAGGACAAUGUUCCAUUGAAUAAAAGUCCUUGUUUUGCUCUUUGCUGUAGAGAAGUCAGUGCCUUCCCCCGCCUGCGGCUGGGCUUUUAUUGGAGAAGUGACUUUGAUGUCUAUGCAAGCUCUUUUCUACCAGCUUACCAGCCUGCAUCAAAUAGUUAUUUGAAAUCUCAUGUAGCUUGUUUUGUGUACAUAGUGUUAUUUAGCACCUUUUGAAAUUGAACCAUCUGAAAUGUGUGAUUGCUUGUGUUGAAUUCUAACAGGUACAUUGUACUUGUACGGUAUCAUAGAAAACGAUGUUUGUAGAUUGAUAUUAAGUUGCAUUUAGUUUCACUGAAUCUAUUUUUCUACUGUCACCUCAAAAGGUGCGUAACAGUGGUCAACUUGGGCAUCCUCAAAAUAAACUGGUUUGAUAUUAUGAAAUUCACUCGACUUCUGUUGGGUUGUUUUGUGCAGUAGAAACAGAAAGUUUAUUGGGAACAUCCAUCCACAUAAAACAAUGAUGUCACUGUUUCAAACGUGUUUGUUUUCACUGGUCGCCACCAGACAACCUUCAACAUUUUAACACACAGGCAUACUUAUCAAGUUCACAGGAAUGCACAGGGCAGCAUCGUGCUCAUGUGAAAUACCCAUAAGCAUCAGAUAUUUUUCAAGUAUUCAGUGUUGAAUCAAAUUGAUCUUUUGUUCAUAAAAACUCAAUGUGCGUAAAACAAUGUUUCAAGGAACUUUUCAUUUUAAGCUUCAAAGUUAAGGCAUCAUUAUAAAUCAAUAGAAAAACUGGACAUGAAACUGAAAAUUCACACAACUCUCAAUCCUUUACAACAAUAACUGGAAGUCAGUACUAUACAUUAAUUGUUCAAGCUUCAUUGGUUGCAGCAAAAAGCCCUUUUAUUCAACAAGGGAAAAGGCUCAUCUUCUAAGUCA